GAGAGACAAUUUUUCGUUUAUGGACUCAAAAUUACCAGGUAAAGGUAUGGAUAGUUCUUCCACUUGGGAAGAAGUACUCCUCAGCAGUCCCUCCUACAUAUUUUUGAUACCGAUAAGCCCAGAAUUUUACUCCAAUGUUGACAAUUUAAAGGAUAUCGUAUCCGACGAGUCAGAACUCCAAAUGCUAAUAUCGAACGUGUUUAAGCUUCCAUUUGACUCUGCUAAUGAAAGCGAAAGUGAUGAAGAAGAAGAGAAACGCGAGAAUCGAUACAGAGAGUUUUAUGCAGCGGUUCAUCGUCGCUAUAUUCUUACCGAAGAUGGAAUGAAUCAUAUAUUAAAACGACAAUCGAGCGGAGCAUUCGGCGAGUGUCCCUGCUGCCGUUGUCAAUACGCUCACCUCUUCCCAGCAGCGCUGUCCGAUUUAUUUGGAGACGACAGCGUGAAGCUGUUCUGUCCAUCGUGUAAAGAAGUGUACAAUACGCCCAGUCCGUUUAAUCGUGUGGACGGUGCCUAUUUUGGCUCUGCGUUUAUUCCGACUCUGGUGAAGGAGCAUCCGGAGGUUUUGCUGAAUCCGGGAGCGAAAUACGAGCCAAGGAUAUUCGGGUAUAAGAUCCACUGUACCAGGUAG